GGAAGUAAAAAUUUCCAAGAAUGUGAUGGUGAAAUGAAACAAGCAAUAUUUCUUCCAACAAUGAAUUUAUCACAGAUAUGAGUGCCACUUUAGGUGGUGAAAAAGGAGGAUGGAAGGAAGAAAGACUUCUGGGGUCUGGAGGUUUUGGAGCUGUACAUCUGUGGAAGCAUAAGAAUGGAGAAUACAUAGCACUGAAAAGAUGUAGGGUCCAGAAUGAGAUGACAGCUCGCCACAGACAAAGAUGGGCACUUGAAGUGAAUAUUAUGAAAAAACUGGUCCAUCCGAAUGUGAUAGGUGCUAGAGAUGUUCCCCCUGAGUUAGAUGUUGGUCCAGAAGAUCUUCCAUUACUAGCCAUGGAGUACUGCUCUGGUGGAGAUUUGAGAAAGAUUUUAAACAAGCCAGAGAGUUGUUGUGGCCUUAAAGAGUAUGAAGUGAGGUGUUUAGUGAAGGAUAUUGCUUCAGCAGUGGAAUAUCUACAUAGUAAACGUAUCAUACAUAGAGAUCUGAAACCAGAAAAUAUUGUUCUACAACCUACAGAAGAUAGGAUUAUAUACAAACUGAUAGAUUUAGGAUAUGCCAAAGAGCUGGACCAGGGUAGUGUUUGUACAUCAUUUGUGGGCACAUUGCAAUAUUUAGCUCCAGAAUUAUUUGCUAGUCAAAAGUACACCUGUACAGUGGAUUACUGGUCAUUUGGUACAGUUGUGUUUGAAUGUAUAACUGGUGUUCGACCAUUUUUGCCACAAUCACCACCUGUUCAAUGGCAUAGGGAAGUGUGUAAGAAAUCUCCAGAUGAUAUUUGUGCUUACCAUGACUCAAAUGGAGAAGUCAGAUUCUCUAAAACAUUGUUCCAACCAAAUUAUCUCUGUAGAACAUUGCAAGCCUAUUUUGAGAAAUGGCUACGUAUGAUUUUGCGAUGGGACCCUAAGUCUAGAGGGCAUGGCUUGGUGGACAACAGACCUAAAUGUUUUACAUUCCUAGAUACUAUUUUGAAUAUGAAGAUGAUACAUAUACUCAAUGUAGCCACUAACUCAGAGCUCCAAGUAUUAUCAUACCCUAUCACAGAACAGACUUUAAUGAUUGAAAUUCAACAGAUGAUAGAAAAAGAGACCAGAAUUCCUAUUGUUGAACAAGAUAUUCUACUUGCAAGUGGUGCUAGUCCUGAUCCAAAUAAAAUAGCUACGCAAUGCUGGAAUAGUCCCGGUGAUGAAGAUUGGGUUGUAUUUUUGUUUAAGAAAGGGGAGGUAAUAGAACCUGUUUCUAAGAGACUCUAUAAACCAUUUUCACCUCGUGUUCAGGAUAUCGUGAAAGAGCCUACAAUAUUACUGACAUACCAGGAAAUGAAGAAAGCUUGGGGUGAAGCAGUGUAUUAUUGCUCACAACAAUUGUUAGAUUAUAAAAGGCUAAUAUUAAGUCAGAGAGCUAGUAUGUUAAGUUUACUGAGGACAAAUUCAGAAUUUGUUAAGUUGAAAAAUAUAAUGAUAAAUGAAUGGGAGCAGUUAUUAUCGAAGAAAAAUUAUUUCAAAGAAAGUUUAGCCUUUGAUAUAGAUCAGUAUAAGUAUUAUAUGAGUAAUGGUGGCCAUGCUUCAACUGAUAUGUUUCAAUCAUGGCUUCAGUCUGGUAAUGAUAUUGAUAAUAUUCUGUCUUUGAAGGAAAAAGUGGACAGGUUAGAUCAGCAAGCUGCAGCCUUACAAACCAAAAUAAUGGAGUUGAAUAAAAGUCCUUUCUCGAAAAUUACUAAAAAUGAAAAGCUGGAAGAAUGUGAGAGAAAAUCAAGAGAAUUAUAUCAAGAAUUAAGACAAGCUGGAAAAGUAGCUAAAGAGAAUGUAAAAGACCAUAAACAAAUGGUCCAGGUUGUAGUUAAGUGUGUGAUUACAAGGGAUAGCAGUCUACAUGAUCUUUUUACACAUCUAUCAAAAAUAUGUUCAUGUAAGUGUGAACUGUCCCAGUUAGAACCGGAGAUUAAACAACAAAAUAGAGAAUUGGCAGAGGUUAACAAAAAUUUAUUAAGUAUACAAAAACAACGUCAAGAUAACAUAUGGAAAUUACUUAAUUACACUUUAAAGAACAACAUGAUUAAUCGACAAGAUUCUAAAUCCAGUACCUCUUCUAAUGAACAGGUUAGCAUGCUAAUGUCUAUCUGUGGUGAAUCUUCAAUGGAAACCAGCAAAGUUGUUGCCAGCUCCAAAGAUUUAAAUAAAAAACUAGGUGACAUUGUGGACCAUGUUAUAUUAGAGCAAGAGGAACUAUUUUCUAUGGACUGGAACUUUUUAUCUCCCAAACAGGAGAAUUCUUGACAGGGGAGUGAACAAGUAGUUGUAUUUGCUGAACAAUCAUUACGAAGGAUAAUCAUGUCAUGCUAAACUAUGAUUUGAUUAAGUUGUAUAACUGUGAAAUUUGAUGCUCAGUGGGAUCAUACUUAAAAACUUUAUUUGUAAUGUCUGAUAAUUAAAUGGCAAAAGUUCUCUAAUACAGUCAGAGUAUUUAUCUGGUGCUUGAUUUCCCUUAAAUUAAAAAAAAGUUUACUUGUUAUUUGACAGUCAAAUGACAGUUGCAUGAGAAUUGUGAAAAAGGAUUCUGACACAUAAUGGCAUCAUACUGAUUUGAUGAUAAACAAAUAUAAUGCAAUUUAAACUUUAUAUUCUUUCACCAUCAGAUUUAAAUGUUUCAUUAUCCUCCUUAUUCAUGGGACCACUUAGUUGUCAUGUGCAAUAACAUUCAGCAGGAAAAAUGAUAAUCAACACCAGGACAAGACCUCAGUCAGUUAUAAGGCAUAGAUCUAAGGAUGUAUUGUUAUUAUCGUUAUCAAUUUUUGUCAUAAAUUUAACUUAAGAAAGUGUAAAUAUCUUUACUAACACUUCAUAUCAUUAUGUAUAUUAUAAGAUCACACUUAAUAUAUUGUUAUGAUUUAUUCUCUAUAUACAUAUGAAAUAUUUGCCACUGGAUGUUAUGUAAUCAACAUGCAUUUACUAAUAUGAUAAUAUCUCUUGUUUAAAUUAAAUCAUUAAUAGGA